GUUCGGUGCUAAUGUCGAGCGACGAGUCUUCUCUCAUCGAAUACAGACAAACUACUAAAUACUAGAAGUGCGACAAAUCCUGCCCAGACCAAAUCAAACCUCCCUUUGAUGUACCGAUCAAGGAGCGAACGCAAUCGAACGCCAACGCCGACUUGGGAAACCGUUGGCUCGCGCCGUAAACACCACUUAAACACCGAUUCGAAAUUCGAACACCUCCAAAUCUGUAACGACAUGUGCCUUGGCUUGCGUUGGAAUCUCGGUCUGAACCCGACUUAAUACAACUCUGAGAACGUUGGCCUGAAAGUAAUCUCUCGUUUCUGAUUGGUCGGCAUUUCGCACCGCUGUCAGUUGACGUGUCUGUGCGUGGCAUUUACGGUAUGCGAUAAACGUCCAGAUUCCUGGUGAUAUGUUGUAAGAUAAGGGGUGUUUGAUUAUUAGUGGUUGUGGUUUGGUUUUCUGCGGGGUUAGCUUAUAGAUAUUCUAACAAAGUUACUUAACUUCACCCGCUAAGCUUUUAUAAAAUUAAAAAAUCCAAAAAAAUGGUAAAACCAGUCAGAAAAACCUCAAAUAAGAAUCCACCGAUUCUAAGCCAUGAAUUCAUCAUCCAAAAUCAUGCUGAUAUCGUGUCCUGUAUCGCAAUGGUGUUUGUUGUGGGACUUAUGGUCCACGCUACAACCCCUAUUGCGUCGGUAUUUAUCACCCUCCAGCACAACGUGACAGAGGCCCGAGAGAUCCCUUUGUAUAGUCCUGGGAUAAAAGACUGGGCUUGCAUUUUCUUCUACAGCUUAAUCUGUAUCGUUAUCCAUGCCAUCAUUCAGGAAUAUGUUUUGGAUAAAUUUUCAAAAAAACUCCAUUUGUCCAAAUCCAAGCUAGCAAUAUUCUCUACAAGUGGGCAGCUCCUGGUGUUCUACUUGGUCUCAGCUGGUUGGGCUCUGGACAUUGCCAUCAAAGAGAUGUUCCUCUUUGACAUUUCCAGGCUGUGGUCAGACUAUCCAUCACCAAUGUCAUUCAUGCUUAAACUGUACUUCAUCAUUCAACUGGCUUAUAACCUGCAUGAAAUUCCAGAACUGUAUUUCCAAAAGACAAAGAAGGAGGAAUAUUUUGCCAAGGCUACUCAAAGCGUUGUAGCACUGGCUUUGAUUGCUAUACCAUACUUUUUAAACUUCAAUCGUUUGCUGGUAUGUCUGUUGGCAUUCCAUCACCUUGCUGAACUAUUCUACCAUGGAUCUCAACUUAUUGAAACUGUAGAUAAAGAGGAAAAAUUCACAAAAGCUACCAGGCUGGUAACAAACACAUUACAACUUCUGGCACGUCUAGGAAGUAUAAUCUUGGCCAUUUUGACCCUUUGGUAUGGUCUUGCCUUGGUAGAACAGAAGCCUCUUGAUCUGAAUACUGGCCACUUUAAUACUCCUUACAUCCGUCUGGGAGUUUUAGGUGGAAUAUUGGCUCUACAGAUGUAUUUGACUUUCAAUGUCAUCAACCAAGAGAUAGCUAGAUCUAGGGAGAACAAAGUAGUCACCAGUGUGCCUAAGACCAAGGUUCCAAAGAAGGAAAAAUCCAAGAAGAGCAAGAAAAAUGAAGAGUCUGAUCUACCAGAGGUUGACCAGAAUACAAACAAAACUCUGAGAAAGCAGAAAGUGAAAUAAACUUGCUAUAUUUUCCAAUUCACCAACCUUAAAUGACAAACAGAAUUGCUUUAAAUCUGUAACUAUAAAAAUAGGAAAACUUAUUCAACUAAGCAUGAAUAGUAUGACAUUGUUUUAGGCUCCUAGCCACUUUUUUUUGUAAAACUGGUAAGUAUAUAAAAAGGACAACUUUCUUUCAGGGAAAGCUUAAUAUUUUCUUCCAUAGUAAAAUGUGUCUUCUUUGUUUUUUAUGUUUUAGUCAUGUUGAUUAUAUAAGUAUAAUACUAUAUUUUGUUGAGAGAUUAUUUUUAAGAUAAACAUAUUGCUGAAAUUUUGUAUGAUCCCUCCAGUAUAUUAUUUUUAAUAUAAUUAUUUC